AGCAAGUGACCUAAACUGCGACAAGUUGGCGAUGUUGAAGAAUUAUUUCCAAUUAUACUCAGGGACAGCAAUGUAUUAGGCAGUUCCUUCAAAGUACUCCACGUGAUCACUAGUAGUUCAACUGAACUGGCGUACACUACAAUUUGCUGGAUUUGCUGGAUGCUCCGUUCAAGGCUACCGACUGCCUGGCCGCGCGCAUCAUAUGCACGAUCGUUUUCCAAGAGCUCAGCACCGCUCUCAGGUCAUAAUAAAUGGUCAAAAAUAAAGCAACGAAAAGGUGCAGAAGACGCGAAGAAAUCUAUUUUGUACGGUAAAGCCGCCAACGACAUUCUUGCCGCUGCCAGGAAUGGCGGGUCACCGAUCCUUGAAGAAAACUCUAUGCUAGCCACUGCUGUCCGACGCGCAAAAGACGCCGGUGUUCCGAAGGAGAACAUUGAGAAUGCAUUGCUCAAGGCGUCCAAAAGUAAGAACGAUAAUGGCCAAGCUGUCUCUUAUGAAGCCAUGAUGCACGGCUCCGUGGGCAUCAUCAUAGAAUGUAGGACCAAUAAUAUCAACCGCACCAUCAAUAAUGUGAGGGAAAUCCUCAACCGUCACGGUGCUCGACAGGCUCCAGUCAAGUUCAUGUUCCGUCAGCGAGGAUACCUCAAAAUUGCUCUCGACUCAAACGAUAUAGAAGACCUGUUCAACGCAGCAGAGUCGACCCAGUGUGCCUUUGAUUUCGAUGAAUGGGAAGAUGACUCCGGUGGUAGUCGCGGAAUAGAGCUGGCAUGCUCUCCCGACGAGUUGUUCAAGUUAGAAGACGGACUUCGUCAGUACAUCCAGCAGGAUGCCAAUGCUGAAAUACUCGUCAGGGAGGUUAGAUGGGCCCCGCUGGAAGAGCAAGGAAGCACCGACGAUGAAAAAGACAGUGUCUCAAAUCUCGUCGAAGCUUUAGAAGAGGAUGAGGAUGUCACCCGUGUGUCGACUUCCCUGGAAUACAGCUCUCUGCUUGGAAACGCUUGAUCUAUAAUACAUACUCAUACAACAGACGGAUAAUUACAAAUU